AUGGGGGAUAAUAAGGGUGCGACUCCUUUAAUUGUUGCUGCUCAAGAAGGUCAUCUGAAAACAUGUGAAUAUCUGAUCAGUCAAGGAGCUGAGGUGAAUAAAGGAAAGAAUGAUGGUGGGACUGCAUUGCUCAGUGCUGCUCAGAAGGGUCACCUUGAUGCAACCAGAUAUCUGAUAAAUCAAGGAGCUGAGGUGAAUAGGGUUGAUAGUAAUGGUUACAGUGCAUUGUGUGUAUCUGCUUUCGAGGGUCAUAUUGAGGUUAUUAAAUAUCUGAUUAGUCAAGGAGCUGAAGUCAAUAGGAAAGAUGAUAUUGGCUCGACUCCUUUACACGUUGCUGCUCAAGAAGGUCAUCUGGACACAUGUGAAUAUCUGAUCAGUCAAGGAGCUGAGGUGAAUAAAGGAAGGAAUGAUGGAUGGACUGCAUUGCACAGUGCUGCUAAGAACGGUCAUCUUGAUGUAACCAGAUAUUUGAUAAAUCAAGGAGCCGAGGUGAAUAGGGUUGAUAGUAAAGGUUACAGUGCAUUGCGUGAAUCUGCUUUCAAUGGUCAUGUUGAGGUCAUCAAAUAUUUGAUUAGUCAGGGAGCUGAGGAGGUGAAUAAAGGAAAGAAUGAUGGUUGGACUGCAUUGCACAGUGCUGCUCAGAACGGUCAUCUUGAUGUAACCAGAUAUUUGAUAAAUCAAGGAGCCGAGGUGAAUAGGGUUGAUAGUAAAGGUUACAGUGCAUUGCGUGAAUCUGCUUUCAAUGGUCAUGUUGAGGUCAUCAAAUAUUUGAUUAGUCAGGGAGCUGAGGUGAAUAUGGGGGAUUAUAAGGGUGCGACUCCUUUAAUUGUUGCUGCUCAAGAAGGACAUCUGAAAACAUGUGAAUAUCUGAUCAGUCAAGGAGCUGAGGUGAAUAAAGGAAGGAAUGAUGGUGGGACUGCAUUGCUCAGUGCUGCUCAGAAGGGUCACCUUGAUGCAACCAGAUAUCUGAUAAAUCAAGGAGCUGAGGUGAAUAGGGUUGAUAGUAAUGGUUACAGUGCAUUGUGUGUAUCUGCUUUCGAGGGUCAUAUUGAGGUUAUUAAAUAUCUGAUUAGUCAAGGAGCUGAAGUCAAUAGGAAAGAUGAUAUUGGCUCGACUCCUUUACACGUUGCUGCUCAAGAAGGUCAUCUGGACACAUGUGAAUAUCUGAUCAGUCAAGGAGCUGAGGGAGCUGAGGUGAAUAUGGGGGAUUAUAAGGGUGCGACUCCUUUAAUUGUUGCUGCUCAAGAAGGACAUCUGAAAACAUGUGAAUAUCUGAUCAGUCAAGGAGCUGAGGUGAAUAAAGGAAAGAAUGAUGGUGGGACUGCAUUGCACAGUGCUGCUCAGAAGGGUCACCUUGAUGUAACCAGAUAUUUGAUAAAUCAAGGAGCUGAGGUGAAUAGGGUUGAUAGUAAUGGUUACAGUGCAUUGUGUGUAUCUGCUUUCGAGGGUCAUAUUGAGGUUAUUAAAUAUCUGAUUAGUCAAGGAGCUGAAGUCAAUAGGAAAGAUGAUAUUGGCUCGACUCCUUUACACGUUGCUGCUCAAGAAGGUCAUCUGGACACAUGUGAAUAUCUGAUCAGUCAAGGAGCUGAGGUGAAUAAAGGAUGGAAUGAUGGUGGGACUGCAUUGCACAGUGCUGCUAAGAAUGGUCAUCUUGAUGUAACCAGACAUUUGAUUAGUAAAGGAGCUGAGGUGAAUAGGGAUGAUAGUAAUGGUUACAGUGCAUUGGGGGAAUCUGCUUUCAAUGGUCAUGUUGAGGUCAUCAAAUUUCUGAUCAGUCAAGGAGCGGAGGUCAAUAAAGGAAGGAAUGAUGGAUGGACUGCAUUGCACAGUGCUGCUAAGAACGGUCAUCUUGAUGUAACCAGAUAUUUGAUAAAUCAAGGAGCCGAGGUGAAUAGGGUUGAUAGUAAUGGUUACAGUGCAUUGCGUGAAUCUGCUUUCAAUGGUCAUGUUGAGGUCAUCAAAUAUUUGAUUAGUCAGGGAGCUGAGAGGAAUGAUGGUGGGACUGCAUUACACAGUGCUGCUCAGAAGGGUCACCUUGAUGUAACCAAAUAUCUGAUAAAUCAAGGAGCUGAGGUGAAUAGGGUUGAUAAUAAUGGUUACAGUGCAUUGCGUGUAUCUGCUUUCGAGGGUCAUAUUGAGGUUAUUAAAUAUCUGAUUAGUCAAGGAGCUGAAGUCAAUAGGAAAGAUGAUAUUGGCUCGACUCCUUUACACGUUGCUGCUCAAGAAGGUCAUCUGGACACAUGUGAAUAUCUGAUCAGUCAAGGAGCUGAGGUGAAUAAAGGAAGGAAUGAUGGAUGGACUGCAUUGCACAGUGCUGCUAAGAAUGGUCAUCUUGAUGUAACCAGAUAUUUGAUAAAUCAAGGAGCUGAGGUGAAUAGGGUUGAUAGUACAGGUUACAGUGCAUUGCGUGAAUCUGCUUUCAAUGGUCAUGUUGAGGUCAUCAAAUAUUUGAUUAGUCAGGGAGCUGAGGUGAAUAUGGGGGAUUAUAAGGGUGCGACUCCUUUAAUUGUUGCUGCUCAAGAAGGAGCUGAGGUGAAUAGGGUUGAUAGUAAUGGUUACAGUGCAUUGUGUGUAUCUGCUUUCGAGGGUCAUAUUGAGGUUAUUAAAUAUCUGAUUAGUCAAGGAGCUGAAGUCAAUAGGAAAGAUGAUAUUGGCUCGACUCCUUUACACGUUGCUGCUCAAGAAGGUCAUCUGGACACAUGUGAAUUUCUGAUCAGUCAAGGAGCGGAGGUCAAUAAAGGAAGGAAUGAUGGUGGGACUGCAUUGCACAGUGCUGCUCGGAAGGGUCACCUUGAUGUAACCAGAUAUUUGAUAAGUCAAGGAGCCGAGGUGAAUAGGGUUGAUAGUAAUGGUUUCAGUGCAUUGCAUGGUUCUGCUUGCAGUGGUCAUGUUGAGGUCAUGAAAUAUUUGAUUAGUCAGGGAGCUGAGGUGAAUAAAGGAGGGGAUUAUGGUUUGAACCCUUUGCACUUUGCUGCUCAGAAGGGUCAUCUUGGUACAUGUGAUUAUCUGCUCAGUCAAGGAGCUGAGGUGAAAAAUGGAGAUGAUGAUGGCUGGAAUCUGUUUAAUGCUGCUUCCGACGGUCAUACAUCCAUUGUCAAAUAUCUCAUCAGUCAAGGUGCAGAGGUCAAUGAGGAAGAUUCGAAGGACUGUACCCCGUUACAUUACGCUGCUAAAGCAGCUCAUUUUGUCACCUGCAAUUAUCUGCUCAGCCAAGGAGCUGAGGUAAAAAACGGAGAUAUUUACGGAUGGUGUCUGUUUAGUGCUUCUUCCUGCGGUCAUACAUUCAUCGCUAAAUAUCUGAUCAGUCAAUGUGCUGAGGUUAAUAAGGGAGAUAGUGACGGCUGCACUCCAUUACAGGUUGCUGCUCAAGAAGGUCAUCUUCAUACAUGUCAAUAUCUGAUUUGUCAAGGAGCUGAGGUGAAUAGGGUUGAUGAUAAUGGUUACGGUUCAAUACAUGGUUCUGCUAAUAAUGGUCAUGUUGAGGUCACCAAAUAUCUGAUCAGUCAAGGAGCUGAGGUCAAUAUGGGAGAUAUUGAGGGCUUGACUCCUUUACACGUUGCUGCUCAAGAAGGUCAUCUGGAUACAUGUGAAUAUCUGAUCAGAGCUGAGGUGAAUAAAGGAGAUGGUGAUGGUUUGAAUCCUUUGCACUAUGCUGCUCAGGAGAGUCAUCUUGGUACAUGUGAUUAUCUGCUCAGUCAAGGAGCUGAGGUGAAAAACGGAAAUGAUGGUGGCUGGAAUAUAAUAAAUGCUGCUUCCGUCGGUCAUACGUUCAUUGUCAAAUAUCUUAUCAGUCAAGGAGCAGACGUCAAUGAGGAAGAUUCAGAGGGCUGUACUCCGUUACACUAUGCUGCUAAAGGAGCUCAUCUUGGCACCUGCGAUUAUCUGCUCAGCCAAGGAGCUGAGGUAAAAAAAGGAAAUAGUGACGGCUGGACUCUGUUUAGUGCUUCUGCCAACGGUAAUACAUUCAUUGCCAAAUAUCUGAUCAGUCAAGGUGCUGAGGUUAAUAAGGGAGAUAGUGCCGGCCGCACUCCACUACAAGUUGCUGCUCAAGAAGGUCAUCUUGACAUGUGCAAUUAUCUGAUCAGUGAAGGAUCUGAGGUUGGCGAGGGAGAUGGCGAUGGUUGGACCCUCUGUAAUGCUGCUCUAAACGGUCACCAAUUCAUCACCAAAUGUUUGAUCAGACAAGGUGCUAAGGUGAAUGAUAGAUAUAGUAUUGGUCGAACUGCUUUACACAUUGCUGCUCAGAAUGACCGUCUUGAAGUCACCAAGUGUCUCAUAAGGCAUGAGGCAGAUGUCAAUACGACCGAUAAUCAGGGAUGGACCCCCUUACACGUUGCUGCUAAAGGCGGCCAUUUUGAUAUAUGCGAGUAUUUGAUUGGUCAAGGAGCUGAGGUUAAUAAUACUGAUAAUAAAGGUUACACUGCAUUACACUUUGCUGUUGAAAGUAGCAAUCUCGAUAUCACCAAGCAUUUGCUUCGUCAAGGAGCUAAGGUUAACAAAGAAAAUAACCAGGGUGAUACACCACUACACAUUGCCGUCAAACAAGGUUACUUCGAGCUUGUUCAAGUUCUACUUUCAGGAGGAGCAUGCUGCUUUUCUGAUAACAAGGACGACCAGACGCCAUUACAUCACGCAUUGACUCUUGGGUUCAAAGAUAUCACCGAUAUACUCCUUGCUGAUUGGAAUUCAAAGAUAUCCAGUGAAUACUACAAUGGGGCGUUACCUCCUGAGAAGGGACUGGUGUUCUAUCUUCUUGACAAUGGAGCUAGUUUAGAUAUAAAGGACGAUGCAGGCAAUCUACCAAUCGACUAUGCUAAGGAUCACGUGAUCAAUCAGAUGAUCUUGCUAAGAAGUUGA